AUGGCGGUCCUUGCCUCCAAGGCUCCGUACGGUUCAUCGAUGGGCAUGGGUCCCACUCAGCCAUCAGUGGUCUCACAAUACGCUCUCAACUUCUCAAAUCAUAAGGCUUCCGCUGCGCAAACUUCACAAAAUGCUGCAUUUUUGAGUCCUACCGAGUCAGAGUUCUCGGAGCCCAGCGAUGGACAAGAUUCAAUCCGUUCCUGGGACGAGAAACGUGUUGGAGAGUGGCUGCGUGCCAUCAACUGCGCUCAGUACGAGCAGCUCUUCAAAGUGAAUAAUGUCACGGGGAAUAACCUUAUUGAGUGUGAUCAGCUUGUGCUCAAGGAGAUGGGAAUCAAGAAGAUUGGAGAUCGUGUCCGAAUAUUCGUUGCCAUUAAGCAGCUGAGAACAAAAGCUGUCGGCAACCACAAAAAGCGGAAUAGAGACUCCUUGGCUGCCCUAGACAAUCGUCAAGCACAUACGCCCUACACGCCCUCGUCUUCAUCACGCUCUCCACGAGAUUUCAACACAGCAAGAGAUCGCUCUCAUACUUCUGAAUCUGCAAGGAAGCGGUGGUCGCAAAGAGUCGACCUUUCCGCUUUGGAUAAUAUGCACGCUGCUAAUGGCAACCCGAGACCAAGCUCGCCCCUUGCCGAGUCAGACGGCGUCAACAAACUCAGAUCUCAACGUCUUGGCGGUAUGAGCCCUCUGGCGACUGCCCGGAAGGACGGGUACUUCAAUGCUCCACCUUCCGCCAAGACCUCCACUGGUCCACGACCAUCAACACCAAGUCAAACAAGUCAACCGACCCGACAAAAUCCCGGCAUGGACUCCACAGUCGGCAAACUCCCUGUAGGUUCGCCUGUGAUACGUGUUAUCUACGGUGGGGGCCAAACGAAAGUACUGGACAUCAAAAAUUGCAGGACUCUGGAGGAUAUCAUCUUGAGUGUGCUGAGGAAGCUCAACCUGCCUGAGAAUCAGUCCAGGAACUACUGCUUUUGGAAUCUUGAUGGAACUGGUCAAGACUUGAAUAACACCCAUAAGCUCACUGAUGUGGAACUUGUGGAAUAUUGUUCAGAUCCUUAUGAUAAGAAUGAGCGUGGGAGACUAAUUCUGAGAAAAAGCACGCUGGCGAGCCAGAUGAUGAGGAGCUCAGGAAAGCUGCCAGCAUCGCCAUGGAGGAACAGAAUGAGAUGCAUGCCAAUGCACUUUCAUCCAACAAUCCUCGCAGCCAGCUUAAAGUGCAGAAGCUAA